CGUUGCCGCCGCCACCACUAACCCCCCUUCCGUGCGUUUGGAAGGCACGCACGCAGGCACGCCAGUUGACAUCCCGCUGCCGAAAUCGCACGUCCUUGUCGUCGAGUAGAGUUGCGUGCGCGAUCAUGUGACACGCACGAUUCCGCACGGUGGGAUCUUCCGCGACGAGGGGACCAGUCUUUUUUCUUCCAGUCGAGAGUACACGUUAUUAAAAAUAGGUGCGAAUUUAACAUUUUUGAGAUACUCGGAACUAUUCGGAUUAUUCGAAUUGGAACAUCAGUGUAAUCAUGCGACGUCAACGCUGGCGAUCGACAGUGACAGUAUUAAAAUAGUUACCGCGAUUAUUCAACAACGUGUUGCUACGAAUCUCUCUAAUGAUGAGUUCGAAAUGAUCGAAGGAAAAAUGCCGAAGUGUGAUUAGUGAUUUGAAAUAAUUUGUGGAAGUCGAGUAAUUAGAUGGGAAACUGCACGAUGAUCUUCGAUGAUCUUGAUUCAUUUACAGAGAUGUGAUUUCCAAACGAGUUCCACUCGCGAAUCUUGAACGAGAUGAACGUGGCAACUGCCACUUGUCAAUCAGUAAGUACUCAAUAUAGUGAUCUAAUAUUAACUGAAGUUUAUGACGAGAGACUUACUAAAUAAAAUAAUUGCGCUUCGCUUAUCAAUAUCAAAUUUAAAACUAGUCCGAAAAACACUUAGUUCUUUCGUCGGCUAAGAAUUCUGUUAAGCGACGAUCGUAACAAUCGGUGGGCCAAGCAGCCGUGAUAUGUUCCCCUCGUCAGCGGCGAUGCUGAAGAAUCUGCAGCAAAGUGCCAUGACCUCACCCUUCCUGAUGGAGAACCUGCUCCAGAGCAAGGCGUCGCCGGGGACGGAUCUCACCAGUCUGACCUUGAACUGGGCAGCGAGUCUGGUGGCGCGACAGCGCGAGCGAGAAUGCGAGGCGAGUCUCAGACUCGUCCGGGAUCGGUCCUCCCCCAACGAUCUCGUUCAGGAUCACCUGGAGCAGCGAUCCAACACGAUCGGCGGACGCGAUCGCAUAAUGAUCGAUUGCGGCGGCAGGGAUCAACAGAGAUCCGGUGGCGGCGGUAGAUCCAGCGAGCGGCAGCACGACCGGUUGCAGCUCCUUCAGCGCGAGAAGGACGUCUUGGAUCGAAGCCAAGGCGUAUACGUGGAUAUGGAGAACGAGAGGAUGGACGGUCCGGUGAUGGUGGAUCGGCUGUGCGCGAUGGAGAGGCUCUGCAACGAGAGGAUCGACAAUCGAUCCAAUUCCGGAGUCGAGUCCUGCAACUCGAACGUGGACGAGGACCCGAUCGCGAGCGCGGAAUUGGACGGCGGUCUUCAGCCGGCCGACAGGGACGAGAUGGUGCUGGGCGAGCGUGUCUCCGCGAUCGAGAUAGACAGACGGUACGACCUUGGAUGCAGAAACGUCAUGCACACGUCCGAUGAGAUGACGAUCGCGUCGGGGGAAAGGGAGACGGCGAUGACGGCGGCGGCGACGGCGGUCGAGCGUGCCGUCGACAGAAUAGGCGAGAGGACCACCGCCUGUUCCUGCGGCGACGAGCAGUGCUCCGGACCGGCGUGCAGGACCAUCCAAGAGAAGGAGAAGCCGCAGCUCAAGUUCAGCGUUAGCGCCAUACUCGGCGGCAAUCAUGACAGGAGGCCGCAUCCCGAUAAUUUUCAAGGACUCCCGCCGGAAGCGAUACCCGCUUUUUUGCAAAAUCUGCAAAAUUCAGCGGGUUAUAAUAUCGCCAAACCGAUCGCGAGACCGGCAGCUUAUCACCCUUAUCACAGGCCGAGUCACCAACCCCCUCAGCGACAUUUACCGCCGAACGCUCAUCAUACGCUGCAACAACUAUUCUACAGGGGUCCAUACUUGACAGUUGCUGGUUCGGGAACCGGAAGCCAUCAUCCCGGUACGCCCGGUGGAGGUGCCGUGUUUCCAGGGACCAUCCAGGGUAGCAUCGGUGAUUUUUCCGGGACUGGCCUGGUCUUUCCGUGGGCGACGAACGCGCGCGGAAAGCCACGCCGAGGGAUGAUGAGGAGAGCUGUUUUCUCGGAUCUUCAACGACGCGGACUUGAGAAAAGGUUCCAAAUACAAAAGUACAUCAGCAAGCCGGAUCGUAAGAAGCUCGCUGAGAAACUGGGCCUCAAAGACUCGCAGGUAAAGAUCUGGUUCCAAAAUCGGCGCAUGAAGUGGCGGAACAGCAAGGAGCGGGAGCUGCUGGCAACCGGAGGCUCGCGCGAGCAGACGUUACCGAAUAAGAACAACCCCAAUCCGGAUCUAAGUGACGCUGACGGGGAUCGACCGCGGAUGGACCUAAGCGAUGUGAGUCCGCUCACGAGUCCGCAGAGACCCGAGGAACAAACGGAAAAUGAGGAGGACGAGGAGAUCAAUGUCACGUGAUAAAGCUGACCGCUGGAUCCAGCAUUUCCCGUUCGCACUCUGACAACAAGUGGCGACAAUUUUCUUAAUCUGUGAACCAAAUAGAAUAUACCGGCUGGACCAAAAAAAAAAAACAGAUUUAAGCGAAAUGCAAAUUUUACGGGCUUUUGGGUCGCAGAAAUUCAUUCAUGUUUACAUUUGUUUUUCAUUGAUGAUUCGCAGAUACGAUCUAAUCAAUUUUUUUAAUGAUGCAGAUAACAAGCAUUUUCUCUCGAGAUAUUUCGAAUCGCCGCGCAUGUAAAACAAAUAUUAACCAAGUCUUAAAGAAAUGAUUGUUAAUUUUAAUCAUGCAAUCUUUCCAGCUGGCUUUUUAUUGGCGAUUAUAUAUGAAUAAUUUAACUAUUUCAGCGACUGUUAUAGAUUUAUAGCGUGAAGAGGAUAAUGUAUUACAUAUAAACACAAAUUACAUGCUCCGUCUUACUUGGACUUCUUAAUUUUUAAUAAUUUUGUUUAGCAGUCAUAGUUUCCCUUCAAGAUUUUUUUCUUUUCCGAGUUGAUUUAUGGUUUUAGUCUUUGAUAGCAUGUGUCGCCGCAAAAUUGAUUCCAAGCAAAAAGAAAACACGACGGAAUGAUGUAUUAUAUUGUAAUUAGUGCGAUGAAUGUACCUUCGAGGAGUCUUCUAUAAGUCAUUGUGUAAGGUUGUAUUAGACGUAACAUUACAAUUCUGGAAAUAUGUAUCUAAGUCCACUCAUAAUGCGGUCAUGAGACCAAAUCCAAAUGUAAUUACAUUCAUUGUGAUUCAAUAUAAUCUAUGUAAUAUACUGAAAUAAAACUGUCUAUGCUAAGC